CGCUAUCGCUCCCGUUCACUUUUAGUUAUAUGGGCCUUCUUCUCACCUCCUUUUUGCUCAGUUGCGCGCCUUCUGCCCGCCGCAAGGCCAGGGAGAACCUUCAAGAGGGGGGCAACAGAGCCAGAUCCGCGAUACGAGACAGCGCAAGCCACAGGCACCAUGUCUGACCAGCUCACGCUCUACAGCUGGCCCGAGUCGGGCAACAGCUACAAGGUCCGCCUGCUGCUGGCGCUGCUCAAGGUCGACUACACGGUGAAAGACCUCGACUUUCUCAACCUCGAGCAGCAGAGCGCGUCGUUCCGCGCGAUCAACCCCAAGGGCGAGGUGCCCACCAUCACGCUGGGCGACGUCGUGCUCACUGACUCUUCCUCGAUUCUCACCUACCUCUCAGCCGUGUACGGCGACGACGGAAAGCAGGGCAGUGGGCCGUCGUCCUACUACGGCAAAGAUCUCCUGGAGCAGGCAAAAAUCAUCGAGUGGCUCGCCUUUGCCAAUGGAUGGGUGCAGCACGGCGUCUUUACCGCACGGGCGAUCCUGUCCUACGGCGGGCCUUACAACGGCCUCGGUCAGAACACCGACGACGACGCACUGCUGGCUGCACGGCUCCGGGACGCCAAGGAGCGCGGCCACAGAUCGCUGGCGAUCAUCGAUGGCGAACUGGAGAAGCAGGGCGGAUGGCUGGUGGCCCACCGGCCGACGAUUGCCGACAUCUCCAACUUUGUCUACAUCGCCCUGGCGCCCAUGGGCGACAUCUCCCUCAAGCGCUACCCCCACGUGCUUGCCUGGAUCGAGUCGAUCAAGAGGCUCCCCGGCUUCAUCUCCAUCCCCGGCCUCGACGACCCGCUCGUGCGACGGAGGGGUACGCGAUUUGAGAAGAGUACCGAGUGACUCAACUGAGAACCACAUAGGGGAUCAAUUUGAUUGGUGAUUUUCAGAGCGAAGACUAGAUCCUCUCUCUCUUCUCUCUCCUCUCUCAUUCGGGC